CUUGUCUUGUUCCGCUUUAUGGCGUCGUUAGCCCCUAGGAUUGGUGGAGGACGGGUCCCCCAGGGCCCUGCUUCUGGGGCACAAGGGUGAGGAACCUGGGGGAGUGCCCCAGAACGUUGGGGGUGGCCCCUGGUGCUAUAUUUCCUAGCCAGCUUCAGCAUACUCCAGGACAGGGCCUAAAGCAGAGUCGCCCCCUUCCAUGGGCUGUGGCCAGAUUCUUCUCUGGAUUCUUUGCAGAAACUUCCCAAGGCCUUGUGUGGUGUCACGCCACCGUGUGGACCCCCGCGAGGGGCCAGUGCUCCCCAAGAAUGUGCUCAGCGAACGGGAACGCAGGAAGCGGAUCUCUGGGAGCUGUGCGCGCCUGCGGACGCUGCUGCCUCACUUCGAGGGCCGGCGAGAGGACAUGGCGUCGGUGCUGGAGAUGGCGGUGCAGUUCCUGCGCCUGGUGCGGCCUGGUGGCGACGACUCGACUCGGCAAGACUUGGUGCAGGUGGCCACUGCGGCCCAGCUCAGCAUGGACCCACACGACGACGAUGACGACGACGAAGAUGGCAGCGGCGUAGCACUGCCCAGGGCCCCCGGCUGUGCCAGCUCCACAGUGGUAACUGAGGCCUAUGGUGGGCCUCAGUCUGGCUGCUCCUGUGGGGCCUGA